AUGUCUGUGGCUGGACUGAUUCUUAUAGCUACGGCCCUGUGUGUGGACUCCACCGCAGGUGCCAGUCUGGGGGCCGUGUCCACUGAGGGGGGACUGGUCGAGGGCAAGAACCACCGCAUGGGGCUAUUCCACUCCGUGGACGUAUUCAAGGGGAUUCCCUUCGCAGACGUCCCAGCUAGGUUCGAAAAGCCCAAACCCCACCCAGGAUGGGAUGGUGUUCUGAAAGCCACCCAGUACCGUGACAGGUGCCUGCAGGUGACGCUCAUGCAGUCGGGUUCCCACGGCAGCGAGGACUGCUUGUACCUCAACGUAUUCGUCCCCCAAGGCAGAAAAGUGUCCACUGGGCUGCCCGUGAUGGUGUACCUGUUUGGGGGUGCCUUCCUCCUCGGGGCCUCCAACGACCUCAGCUUCAUGGGCAACUCUGUGUACGACGGCAAGGAGAUGGCGGACCGCGGCAAAGUCAUCGUGGUGACCGUGGGCUACCGUGUGGGCACGCUAGGCUUCCUCAGCACCGGCGACUCCAGACUGCCAGGGAACUACGGGCUGUGGGACCAGCACGCGGCUAUAGCCUGGGUGCACAGGAACAUCAGAGCCUUCGGCGGAGACGUGGACAACAUCACCAUCUUUGGCCAGUCAGCAGGGGCUGCCAGCGUCAACUACCAGAUGCUCUCUCCGUACAGCGAGGGCCUCUUCCGUCGCGCCAUCUCCCAGUGUGGGGUGGCACUCAGCCCCUGGGCGCUUCAGAGGGACCCUCUGGGCAUGGCGCGCAAGAUUGCUGAGCGGGUGGGCUGCACCCAGGAGGAGGAGGGCAUGGCGGCCUGUCUGAAGAUGACCGAUCCUGUGGCGCUCACCACCGCCGGGAAACUGGCCCUGUCCGAGAUGGGCAAAGACCCUGUGGUCUACAUGUUGGAGCUUGCUCCAGUGGUGGAUGGGGAAUUCAUCCCUGAUCACCCCAGCAAGCUCUUCCACAACGCCGCCAAGUUCGACUACAUCGCUGGGAGCAACAGCAUGGAUGGGCACUUGUUUGCUGGUAUGGACAUCCCCUCCAUCAACCAGAAGCACAAGACCACCCACCCGGAGGAGGUGAAGGAGCUGUUGGGCGGACUGACCAGACAGAAGGGCACUCUGGCCGUGGAGUCGUCCUUCGCCACCUACGCCGGACCCUGGGGCUCGGACCCGGACCAGGCCACCGUCAAGAAGACCGUGGUGGACAUCGAGACCGACUUCCUGUUCUUCGUGCCCACGCAGAUCGCCCUCCAGCUCCACGCCAAGCACGCCAAGAAAGCGCGGCGUACCUACGCGUACGUGUUCAACAUGCCCUCGCGGAUGCCCGGCUUCCCCAGCUGGAUGGAGGCGGACCACGCGGACGACGUCCAGUACGUGUUCGGUAAACCCUUCUCCACGCCGCUGGGCUACCUGCCGCGCCACCGCACCCUCGCCGGGCACAUGAUCGCCUACUGGACCAACUUCGCCAAGGGCGGUGACCCCCACCGGGGAGAGCCGGUCCCAGCGCAGUGGCCCCUCUUCACCAACGAGGGGAACCCCGUCCUGCUGAUCAACAACAAGAUGGAGGCCGGUUCUGUCCAGUACAACAUGAGGUCUCGCUACGUGCAGUACUGGUCCACUACCUACGUCGGCCUCGCAGACCAAGCUCCUUAACGCGCCGCCGACCAGCUCCGAGGCUAACGACGACCGCCGCCACU